AAAUUAUUUUAUUUCCAAGACAUUCUUGCCUUAGGGUUGAAUGCAUUCUUGGACGAUCCAGAGUUUGCUGAAAUUAUAUCAAGAGCAGAGCAAGCAAUAGAACUUGGAGUUUUUCCAGAGAGAAUCUCUCAAGGGUCAAGUGGAAGUUACUUUGUGAAGGAUCCUAAGAGGAAAAUUAUUGGUGUGUUUAAGCCCAAAUCAGAAGAGCCUUAUGGUCAGCUGAAUCCAAAAUGGACCAAAUACGUCCAUAAGGUCUGCUGUCCUUGCUGCUUUGGUAGAGGUUGCCUGCUUCCUAACCAGGGAUUCCUUUCCGAAGCUGGUGCCUACCUGGUAGAUGAAAAGCUUCAUCUGGGCAUUGUACCAAAAACAAAGGUGGUUUGGCUCGUCAGUGAAACAUUUAACUACAAUGCAAUUGACCGUGCAAAAGCAAAAGGCAAAAAGUAUGCCUUAGAGAAAGUGCCAAAAGUAGGUAGAAAGUUUCAUCGGAUAGGACUCCCUCCCAAGAUUGGUUCCUUUCAAUUAUUUGUUGAAGGUUACAAGGAGGCUGAAUAUUGGCUUAGGAAAUUUGAAGCUGAUCCUUUGCCUGAGAAUAUUAGAAAACAGUUUCAGUCACAAUUUGAAAGAUUAGUUAUAUUGGAUUACAUCAUCAGAAAUACAGACAGAGGAAACGAUAACUGGUUAGUCAGAUAUGAAAAGAAAUGUGAGAAGGAAAUUGAUCAUGAGGAAUCAAACUGGAUUGAUGAUAAAGAAUUGCUUAUUAAAAUUGCUGCAAUUGAUAAUGGUCUAGCAUUUCCUUUUAAACAUCCUGAUGAAUGGAGAGCAUAUCCAUUUCACUGGGCUUGGCUUCCUCAAGCAAAAGUUCCUUUUUCUGAAGAAAUAAGAAACUUGAUUCUACCAUGUAUUUCUGACAUGAACUUUGUGCAAGAUUUGUGUGAAGAUCUUUAUGAACUUUUUAAGACUGACAAAAGCUUUGACAAAGCCACUUUUGAGAGUCAGAUGUCUGUCAUGAGAGGCCAGAUCUUAAACCUCACCCAGGCGCUGCGAGAUGGCAAGAGCCCGGUGCAGCUGGUGCAGAUGCCAUGCGUGAACGUAGAGCGCAGUCCAGGGCGUGGCCAGGGUCGCGUCGUCCACCUGACCAGCACGUUCACCCAGACCUUCCAUUGCAGGAAACCCUUUUUCUCCUCCUGGUAGUAGAUGUAACAGAAACAGCUGUUGGGCAUCGCUCUGUUGUUGAGACAUGACAACAUUUUACAUCUGCCGCAGCUGUCAGAACCUGAAGUUGUUCAAGUCUUUUAAAAAAAUUUUUUCUUUUGAAUGUAAUCAAAAGUUUACAGCUUCUUAUCCAAAUAUUAAAUUCCAUUUCAGGGAAGAAAUGAUGACUCUCCUAUAUUGUAUUUUUAUAGAGAACUGUAUAGUUUGUUGUUGUUGAUUUAAAAGCUGACCUCAUAGUGUACCAUGCUACAGCUGUCUGUAAUUACUCUAGAAUUCCAAGUAAAGAAAUAAGAUAUUUGUUGAGUUUGAAAACAGUAGCAGUUUUUUUUUUUUAACAUUGAGGAGAAUGUUCACUUUGACUCUUUUUUUCAUUACAAAAGGCCUUUGAGAAUGACAAUGUCUGAAAUUACUCUCUCCUACAACAGAAGAGUCAGUAGAACAAGAGGAAAGAAUAAAGCAAGGCUGCCUUAAUUUCAAAAGCUGCUAAUUUAGAACUGGAAUAAGAGCCCCUACAGUGGUCAUUAUUGGGGACCUGAAAAUUAUAUUUUGGUUAAGUAACAGAUGGCCACUUCUUUUUCUCUUUUAGAGUAUAUUUU